UUUAACUUCAAGGAAACUCAUCUUAAACCCACUGCCCACCAUGGAACUCCUUCACAAAUUCUCCUUCCGUCUUCUACCCCCGGUCACGUUCAACUUCAACCAUACCAGAUUAGCCUCUCUAUAUCUUUCCACCCGAUUUCCCGUUUCCGGACCCGCAUUUUCAGACCCGGGUCCACUCUUCACGUCCCGAAGGCCUCUGUCUUCCUCGGUUGUUAGCAAAGCGGGUUGGUUUCUGGGUCUUGGAGAAAGGAAGAAAACGAGCUUGCCUGAGAUAGUUAAAGCGGGUGACCCGGUUUUGCAUGAACCGGCCAAGGAGGUUGACCCGGGCGAAAUUGGGUCGGAGCGGAUACAGAAUAUAAUUGCAGAUAUGGUUCGGGUUAUGAGGAUGGCUCCAGGUGUAGGUCUUGCCGCCCCUCAAAUUGGAAUCCCUUUGCAAAUCAUAGUAUUAGAGGAUACAACAGAAUACAUUAGUUAUGCGCCCAAGGAAGAGAUUAAAGCGCAGGAUAGACGCCCUUUCGAUCUUCUGGUCAUAAUAAAUCCAAAGCUUAAAAAGAGAAGCAAUAGGAGUGCACUAUUUUUUGAAGGUUGUUUGAGUGUUGAUGGAUUCAGAGCAGUUGUGGAGCGACAUCUUGAUGUUGAGGUCACAGGUUUCGGUCGCGAUGGCCAGCCUAUCAAAGUAGAUGCCUCUGGGUGGCAAGCACGUAUACUGCAGCAUGAGUGUGAUCAUUUGGAUGGAACACUGUAUGUAGAUAAGAUGGUUCCAAGAACAUUCAGAACUGUUCAAAAUCUGGAUCUGCCGCUUGCUGAGGGGUGUCCGAAGCUUGGUGCCCGUUAGCUCAUUUUUAACACACAGCCUGUCCAAGAAUGCACAAGAAAUGAAGGCAUAACACCUAGUUUAUAUGAGGCUGCAGAGUAAUAGAUUUGGUGUUUGGUAACACCUUCUCAUUCAAGUUGAUACUAUAGCAAUGGAAGUCAUGCUUGAGGAGUCCUUUGAAUCGAAAGCAUAGUCUAUUCAUUUCUCGUCAUUGAAAACAAUUGGUUUGUGUUUUUCAUGUCAGAAAAAUAAGGUAAAGGAAGCAUAAAAUGGAAAUAAGAUUUUGAAGUGCGAAAUUUUAUUCA